AUGUUGUACGCACAGAGCAAAGGGACGUACUAUGUGCAGUUGGAGGACGACAUAGUUGCAAAGUCUGACUACUUGUCGUCGAUGAAUUCGUUCGUGCAGAAGCAGGAGGAGUCCGGGACCUGGCUCUACCUCGAGUUCUCUCAUCUGGGAUUCAUAGGGAAAAUGUUCCGGACCCGAGAUCUCCCGAUGAUCGUGGCCUUCUUCCUGAUGUUCCACCGAGACAAACCUGUGGACUGGCUCCUGGACCACAUCCUGUGGGUCAAGAUGUGUAACCCAGAGAAGGACCCUGUAAGUCGGAGGAGGAGGUCAGAGGAGGAGUUCAGAGGAGGAGGUCAGAGGAGGAGGACAGAGGAGGAGGAGAGAGGAGGAGGAGGACAGGAGGAGGAGGUCAGAGGAGGAGGUCAGAGGAGGAGGUCAGAGGAGGAGGACAGGAGGAGGAGGUCAGAGGAGGAGGUCAGAGGAGGAGGUCAGAGGAGGAGGACAGAGGAGGAGGAGAGAGGAGGAGGAGGACAGGAGGAGGAGGUCAGAGGAGGAGGUCAGAGGAGGAGGUCAGAGGAGGAGGACAGGAGGAGGAGGUCAGAGGAGGAGGUCAGAGGAGGAGGUCAGAGGAGGAGGUCAGAGGAGGAGGACAGGAGGAGGAGGUCAGAGGAGGAGGACAGGAGGAGGAGGUCAGAGGAGGAGGUCAGAGGAGGAGGUCAGAGGAGGAGGUCAGAGGAGGAGGUCAGAGGAGGAGGACAGAGGAGGAGGUCAGAGGAGGAGGUCAGAGGAGGAGGUCAGAGGAGGAGGACAGAGGAGGCGGUCAGAGGAGGAGGAGGACAGGAGGAGGAGGUCAGAGGAGGAGGACAGAGGAGGAGGACAGAGGAGGAGGAGGACAGAGGAGGAGGAGGACAGAGGAGGAGGAGGACAGGAGGAGGAGGUCAGAGGAGGACAGAGGAGGAGGUCAGAGGAGGAGGAGGACAGGAGGAGGAGGACAGGAGGAGGAGGUCAGAGGAGGAGGACAGAGGAGGAGGAGGUCAGAGGAGGAGGUCAGAGGAGGAGGACAGAGGGGGAGGACAGGAGGAGGAGGUCAGAGGAGGAGGACAGAGGAGGAGGACAGGAGGAGGUCAGGAGGAGGAGGACAGGAGGAGGUCAGAGGAGGAGGUCAGGAGGAGGACAGAGGAGGAGGACAGAGGAGGAGGAGGACAGGAGGAGGAGGUCAGAGGAGGUCAGAAGAGGAGGACAGAGGAAGAGGACAGAGGAGGAGGAGGAAAGGAGGAGGAGGACAGGAGGAGGAGGUCAGAGGAGGAGGACAGAGGAGGAGGUCAGAGGAGGAGGAGGACAGGAGGAGGAGGACAGGAGGAGGAGGACAGAGGAGGAGGACAGAGGAGGAGGUCAGAGGAGGAGGACAGAGGAGGAGGACAGAGGAGGAGGACAGGAGGAGGAGGACGGGGAGGUCAGAGGAGGAGGUCAGGAGGAGGAGGACAGGAGGAGGUCAGAGGAGGAGGUCAGGAGGAGGACAGAGGACAGAGGAGGAGGACAGAGGAGGACAGAGGAGGAGGUCAGAGGAGGAGGUCAGAGGAGGACAGAGGAGGAGGUCAGAGGAGGAGGACAGAGGAGGAGGUCAGAGGAGGAGGACAGAGGAGGAGGUCAGAGGAGGAGGACAGAGGAGGAGGACAGAGGAGGAGGACAGAGGAGGAGGUCAGAGGAGGAGAACAGAGAAAGAAGUCAGAGGAGGAGGACAGUCUCUCUGUUUUGAUAGUGUCAGUCUUAAUGGUGUCUGUCUUGAUGGUGAAUGUCUUGUUGGUGUCUGUGUUAAUGGUGUCUGUGUUGAUGGUGUCUGUCCUGAUGGUCUCUGGCUUGAUGGUGUCUGUCAUGAUGGUGACUCUGUUGAUGGUGUCUGUAGGCCUGCCGCGAUAG